AUGCAUUAUAAACAUGGAACAUUAUGCCUUAUCAAUUUUAUAAGGAGACAUUUGGACACACAUCUAUUUGAUGAAGACAGUCUUUCAGAUGAAAGCUUGCAAGCUGCAUCUACCAUAGGAUCUGAAGGUCAAGAAGAACCAAGGAAAUCCAAGCCACCACAGUGUAAUAAGGAUAUACAAAAAGCGAGUGACAGUUGUCAGCAGUUGCCAGUACACAAUGUGUYUUCAUCAGUCAGAAACGAACCAAGGAMAUCCAAUCCACCACAGUGUACUAAUAAGGAUAUACAAAAAGCAAAUGACAGUUGUCAGCAGUUGCCAGUACACAAUGUGUCUUCAUCAGUCAGAAACGAACCAAGGAAAUCCAAUCCAUCACAGUGUACUAAUAAGGAUAUACAAAAAGCAAAUGACAGUUGUCAGCAGUUGCCAGUACACAAUGUGUCUUCAUCAGUCAGAAACCAACCAAGGAAAUCCAAUCCACCACAGUGUAAUAAGGACAUAGAAACAGCAAUCCAGUCACAAGUACAUGUAGUAAAAGGGUGUUGUAGCUGUAAAAGAGGAAGCAAUUCACAGUUGCCAAUAUGCAAUGUGUCUGCUGAGUACAAUAGCCUGCCAGGACCACAUGUCCAUCCACAUGCUUUCCUGCCACAGUGCUUUUUUAGUCGUGGACCAUGUUGGUCAGCUCCCAACUAUAUGCCACCAAGCUAUUACCAGCUAUCACCUGGCCCAAGCAGUUGUUGYCACCACAAACCUGAACUCAUUGGAAUUCCUAACGCUGAGCCAGCAAAACCACUGACAUCUGCAGCAUCACAACCAAAKAUGUCACGUGAUGAAGCAAGUGGUGACUUCGUAAAUGUUGAMAAAGAUGUUUAUCUUAAAAAGCAAGACAUUUCUAGUAUUGACAUCGUGCAUAGUGACCUAACAUUCCUAGAAGAAAUUGGAGCUGGUCAGUUUGGCAAAGUGUAUAGAGGGCUAUGGAAAGGAAUGCAAGUGGCAAUUAAAGAAAUAAAAACUACAGUUGCAUCAGAUUUAAAGGAGGUCAAGUUGUGCAGCCGUCUGAGACAUCCAAAUGUGAUCAUGCUCCUUGGCCAUGUGAAGACGGAGAACUCCCUUUUACUGGUUACUAAUUACAUCAAGGGACAAACCUUAGCCAUGGCGUUGGGCCUUCACUCUGGAAAUACAUACCCAAUUUUGGAUAGCAAGUGGAAUGGUUUUGUUUUAUUCAAUAUUUGCCAGGGUAUGGCAUAUAUACAUGAAAAACAAAUAAUCCAUCAGGAUUUAAAGCCAGCCAAUAUCAUGGUUGAAUUCCCAAGCCUCAAACCUWUCAUAUGUGACUUGGGUGUAAGCAAACUGGUAGAUUCUACACACGCCACCAACGCAGGAGGGAAUCCUGGAAGUAUUGCCUACCAACAUGAAGAGCAAAUGAAUGGCAUCAAGCCAACACAAGCAGUAGAUGUCUACUCCUUUGCAGUUAUUAUGCUUGAAACCUACUCCCGGAUGCCUGUAUGGAMGGGCAUGUCUGCUGCCCAGGUGACAAGAGCAAUAAUAAUAGACAACACAUAUCCGAACUAUGAUUUGCCUAAUGUACCAAUCAAAGCAAAGGAAAUAAUUGCUGCGUGCUUUCAAAAAGCCUGUGAUAGGCCUUCAUUUGUUUCAUUACUGCCUGUGUUAGAGCCUCUUCUUGACAAUGUAGAUAUUUGGUAACUAUAUUACUUUUUCCACCCAGUUCAUAUUAUUAUGUU